AUGGAUGGAUUCAAUAAGCUUUCAGAUAGUACUGAAAAUGCUAGCAUGAACAAUAUUUCCUCUCAAAAUGGUGCAUUUUCUUCAGGGAUUGUUUUAGACAGUAACUCUGAAAAUAUGGUGCUAAAUGAAUUACCACUUGAACCGCCAUCUGAACCGCCACCUGAACCACCGCCUGAACCACCACCAUUACCUCUUUCUUAUCCUCCACCAUUACCUAAAGAAGUUACGGCAUUAUGCUCAGAUGGUUUUAAACAGCCGUUUUCUUCUAUUGAAAAUUUUAGUGGUAAAGCAUUUUCUUCUGGAGCAAUCGAAUAUGAUGGGUUUAAUAAAGCUGUAAAUUGUUCUGCAGGUGCUUUUUUUCCAGAAAUUCCUAGAUCUACGUCAGAGAUUGUCCCUAAGAAUGGUGCAAUUCCAAAAGCAGAAAAAAGAGAGCCUUUAUCUAUUGAAGAGUUAGUUAAGAAGAAAAAAGAAGCAGCUGCUAUGAAUCGACCAAAGUUUUUAACUCGGGAACAACGUGAAGCAAUUGCUCUUGAAAAGCGUCGUUUGGAAGUUGAAAAGCGCCAACAAAUUGGAAAAACAGAUAUUAUAAGAAAGUAUUCGUUAAAAGACUCUCAGGAUAAUCUUAGUGGAAAGGAAAAAGAUGGGCGUUAUUUAAAUCGGAAUAAAAUGAUUCCUACUGAGCCAAAGGCUAUGAGAAAAGAACAAGAUGCUUUGGCAAAGCAAGCUGCCGAACUGUUUAAAUCAUCAAAGAAUCAAGAAGCUAAAGCUGAAAUGACACCUGAGGAAAAAGAAGUCGAGGAUAUUCGGAAAAGAUAUUUGGGAACAGGGGAUAACAAGAAAAAAAAGCGUAAGACAAGUGAAAGAAAGUUUGUGUUCGAUUGGGAUAAUACAGAAGAUACUUCAUCCGAUGUUAAUCCAAUAUAUUUGAAUAGACAUAGUGCUCAAUUUUUAGGUCGAGGAAGAUUAGGUGGUUUUGAUGAUAAAAGUAAUAAUCACUAUACGAAUUCAUUUAUUGAUAUGCUCGUACGUUCUGGUAAUGAUGAAGAUAAAAACAGGGCUAAACAAUUGAUGGAUAUGGAAUAUAAGAAAAGUACUAGAAUUAGUUGGGAUGACAAACAUUGGUCAGAAAAGCCUUUGGAGCUCAUGAAAGAAAGAGAUUGGCGUAUAUUUAAAGAAGAUUUUAAUAUUUCUUCGAAAGGUGGGUCUAUUCCAAACCCUAUACGUAAUUGGAAAGAGUCUGGAUUACCAAAAAUUAUUCUUGAUAUGGUUGAAAUAGUGGGAUAUAAAGAGCCUUCUCCGAUACAAAGAGCAGCUAUUCCUAUUGGUUUGCAGAAUCGUGAUAUUAUUGGUAUUGCGGAGACAGGCUCCGGAAAAACUGCAUCAUUUGUGCUUCCUAUGCUUGUAUAUAUUUCUACGCUUCCUCCACUUGAUGAAUAUAAUAAGAAUGAUGGUCCUUAUGCUAUCAUUUUAGCUCCUACGAGAGAAUUGGCUCAACAAAUUGAAAGUGAAACAAAGAAGUUUUCCGAACCAAUGGAUUUUGUGUGUGUAUCAAUUGUGGGAGGUCAUAAAAUUGAGGAGCAAGCGUUUAAUUUAAGAGACGGUGUGCAUAUUGUAAUUGCAACUCCUGGGCGGUUAUUGGAUUGUCUCGAAAGGCAUGUUUUAGUACUGAGUCAAUGUGCAUAUAUUGUUCUUGAUGAAGCAGAUCGCAUGAUUGAUAUGGGCUUUGAGGAGACAGUAAAUAAGCUUUUAGAUGCAUUACCUGUACACAAUCAGAAACCUGAUAAUGACGAUGCAGAAAAUCCUGUGUUGAUGUCUAAAAUAAUAGGAGGUAAAGAGCGAUUUCGACAAACAGUUAUGUUUAGUGCUACGAUGCCUCCUGCUGUAGAAAAACUUGCAAAAAAAUAUCUGCGUCGACCGGCAAUUGUGACCAUUGGGAAUGCUGGACAAGCAGUUGAUACAGUUGUACAGAUUGUUGAAAUGAUGAAUACAGAAGAUAAGAAAAGACGAAGAUUAGAAGAACUUCUUAAUAGUAAUGAUUAUAAUCCACCCGUAAUUAUCUUUAUCAAUCAGCGUCGUAGUUGCGAUGCUUUGGCCAAGUCACUUGCUCGUAUUGGUUGGAAUGCGGUUACAUUGCAUGGAGGGAAAAGCCAAGAACAACGUGAAGCUGCUCUCGCACAGCUUCGUUCUGGCGAAGCUGAUUGUUUAGUGGCUACCGAUCUUGCUGGAAGGGGUAUCGAUGUUGCCGAUGUGUCUCUCGUAGUAAACUUUAAUAUGGCUAAAACCAUUGAAGAUUAUACUCAUAGGAUUGGACGCACUGGGAGAGCCGGGAAGUCUGGCACUGCAAUUACCUUUUUAACCCCAGAAGAUACUGACAUAAUGUAUGACCUCAAACAAACCAUUAGUAAAAGUAGCAUCUCUAAAGUACCCGAUUGGUUACGGAUGCACGAGGCUGCACAGAGAAAGCAGGAUAAGCAGCCCGCUAAAAAGACAGCAGACGAAUUAUUAUUUCAAAUUCCGUCUGGUAGAUGGUAUUAG